AUGGGAAAUGCAAAAGGCAAAAUUAAUGAUAGAAAUGUUGUUUCCGAAAAAAAGAAAGUAGACGAAAUUUCUAACUUACAUGAAACUAAAGAAGAUGCAGAAGAGAAUGCAAUAAAUGUCAGCGAAUCGCCAUCAUCACCAACAUCACCACGUACAGAUUAUCAAUUAUAUGAACAUCAAGUUUUUGCUGAUGAUAUCCUUUUAGAGAUUUUUAGUUAUAUCAUCACGGACGAAAGUUUCAUUGAAUUAUUCAAAAGUUUCGUACUGGUGGGUCGUCAGUGGUUGAGAAUAGGUAGUUCCCUACCAAUCAAAUUAUCUGGCAGUAAGAAUAUUGAAAAUAUAUUGAAAUGCAAAUAUUUGAAUGGAGUUUAUCAUUUGGAAAUUUGGGAUCGAAAUGAAAAUUUACCUUCCAUUCUAGGAUCUUGUAAAACUUUGAGAAAUUUGAGGAUUUUGGAUAUUCCUUUCAAUAUAUUGGAUUCAGUGAAUAUUAUUCCAUUUACUAGAAAUAAGAAUUUCCCAAAAUUGGAAUUUUUGAAAUUGAAUGAGAAUAAUUUGGGAGAUAAGGGUGUUAUUUCACUUGUAAAUAGUGCAGUAAUUUGUAAAAAUUUAUCAGAGUUGAAUUUAACAGCUACUAAAUUUCAAUUAUUGGGAAUUCAAGCAUUGGCAAAAAGUCCUCAUUUGAAAAAGUUAAAGAAAUUGACAAUUUCAUUGAAUAGGUUAACAAAUGAAAUGGUUUCUUUCUUUGCAAAUUCGCAAACUUUGACCAAUUUAACAUAUUUGGAUUUUACAAGUGUAAUGCAAAAUUACAAUGAAGGAAAUUGUGUAAAGAAUUCGUUGGAAAUUCUUUGUAAAAAUCCAACCUUUUCAAAUUUAAUGGUUCUUAAGUUGAGGGAUAAUUAUAUCAGUUGCUCUGAUGUUGGAGAUAUGUUCAGUGGUUGUAAAAAGCUUACAGAGCUAGAUCUUUCAAAAAAUCCUAUCAAAUCUCAAACAAUCAUGAAAUUAUGCGAAAGUGAACUAUUCAAGAAUACCCUCAAAAUUUUGAAUCUUUCAGAAAUUUAUUUCGAUUCACAAAUGGCAAAAACAUUGGGAGGAGCAAAUUCAUUUUCACUUUCAUAUUUGAAACUUACGUUUUGUAAACUUGAUUGUGAAGUAGUAUUCUUUCUAAUCUGGAGAGAUUGGACCUAUCUAACAAUCCUCUCGGAAGCCAGUCCAUCAGUCUCUUAUCCAAAGCCAAUGCUCCCUUAUUACAGAGUUUAUCUUUCAACUCAUGCAAUGCACUUGAACAAACAGAUAUUGAAACUCUUUUUGAAAGCAGAACACUCACAAAACUGA